AAGAAACGCUGGUUCAUUCUGCGGAGCGGUCGGAUGAGCGGCGACCCGGAUGUCCUGGAAUACUACAAGAACGACCACUCCAAAAAGCCCCUGCGUGUGAUCAACCUCAAUUUCUGUGAGCAAGUGGACGCAGGGCUGACCUUCAACAAGAAGGAGCUGCAGGACAGCUACGUCUUUGACAUCAAGACCAGCGACCGGACCUUCUACCUGGUUGCCGAGACAGAGGAGGACAUGAACAAGUGGGUUCGUAGCAUCUGCCAGAUCUGUGGCUUCAACCAGUCAGAGGAGAACACAGACACCCUGCGAAACAUCCCCAUGAGCCACGGGCCUCGCUCCUCCCCGGCAGAGCUGAACGGAAGCAAUCAUCGCCUGCUUCGAGAGCGGAAGUCCUUGGCACCCUCCCACUCAAGUCAACCUACUUUAUUUACGUUUGACUCGCCUGCCAACCCCAUCCAGACCACCCUGUCAGCCAGUGCCCCACAAGACUAUCUAUUUCUCCACCAGUGCAUGAGCAGAAAGUCAGAAAACACCAGGAGUGCAAGUUUCUCCCAGGCUACAAGGUCUUCGUUCUUCAUGAGAAGUGACUCAGCCGUUCAAAAGCUCUCGCAGGGCAACGGGCACUGUAUGAAUGGUGUUGGCAGGCAAGUCCACGGCUUCUACAGCUUGCCGAAGCCAAGCAGACACAACUCUGAGCUCAGGGACAGCGCCUACGACCUCCCACGGAGCUUUGGCUCCUACACCAAGUCGAGCCUCACCAGCUCCAAAACGGAUAACGAGGAGGUUUACACUUUUAAGACCCCCAAUAACACCCUGUGCAAGGAGUUUGGGGAGCUCUCUACAGACUCCUAUGAUAUCCCCAUGACUCCUCUCUCAGUUUACCAGUACCCGAGGACAUUCACACUGGACAAGAACCACAACACACUGGCUGUAGCCUCCAGUGACUCUCCUGCUGCCCCUCCACCUCGGCCACCUAAACCAGGGCAGAUGGAGCCCCAGUGGGGCAGCCCUCCACUGCGUCCACAAAACGGUGAAAGCAUGGGCCUGGUCUCCUUGGCGGCUACCAUUCCCAGGAGGAACACGUUGCCAGCUGUGGAGAACAGCAGGCUGCUCCGAGCUUCUUCCUGCGAGACUUACGAGUACCCCAAGCAUGGGGGCAGCGGCACUGUGCAGUCAGUAGAAUCUGUGAAUGACGGGUUCAACUCCUACAUGCAAGCCAAAGCUGCCAUGGCUCGCUCCCACAGCACUGACUCAGAGGACAAUUAUGUCCCGAUGAACCCAGGUUCCUCAUCCCUGCUCAGCAUGGAAAAGACAACUGACAACGCCCAGGGUCUCUACAUCCCAAUGAGCCCGGGGCCGCAUCACUUGGACGUACUGGGACUGUCCUCGGCCACCCUCCCAGUACACAAAGGAGGAGCCAUUGCCCAGUGUCACAGGCGGCUGAGCGAAAUCCAGCCCCCUCCAGUCAACCGCAACCUCAAACCCGACCGGAAAGCAAAGCCUACGCCUCUGGACUUGAGGAACAAUGCUGUCAUCGACGAACUUCCCUUCAAGUCUCCAGUCACCAAAUCCUGGUCCAGACCAACCCAGACUUUCAACUCGGGCUCUUAUCAGUACUGCCGCCCUGUCUCCACCCAGAGCAUCACCAGCACUGACUCAGGAGACAGCGAGGAGAAUUACGUGGCCAUGCAAAAUCCAGUAUCAGCCUCUCCUGUUCCUAGCGGCACCAACAGCCCAGCACCAAAGAAGAGCUCAGGGAGCGUGGAUUACCUAGCCCUGGACUUCCAGCCAAGCUCACCUGGGCCACACAGGAAGCCCUCCACAUCCUCUGCUGCCUCGGACGAGAAGGUUGACUACGUGCAGGUGGACAAGGAGAAGACGCAAGCCCUGCAGAACACCAUGCAGGAGUGGACCGAUGUGCGGCAGUCAUCAGAGCCCACCAAGAGCACCAAGCAGUAACGAACAGGCAACACUGACACCCAAACAGGCAAAUGUCCACCCAGGUGGUUUUCCAAGGCUGGGCCCCUCUCCAGCAAUGCAGCUUCAGAGUGUGGCUACUGCCAGUGUGGUCUGGAGUCUUAUUUUUCAAACACAACCUUAAUUUCAGGGGAAGACUAGGCAGAUGCUGUUUGCCAGGGGUAUGGACCAACUCUUCUAGGUGGCUGAGUUCAGGCUGUUACUUUAGCUGCUGGAUGCACUGUCCAGGAUCUUAAACUUAGCAAUACUGGGUUCACCAAUGCACGUCUUUUGCUUUCAGCUGUUACUAAAUCCACCUCAUACCUGUUAACACGGAAUAAUCUCUCUCAGUCUUCUUCCAUGUCAUAUGCCCAAACUGUGCCAAACAUGUGCUGGUUUGGGGGUACAUUUGCUGGGUCACAGAUUUUCAUCACAGACUCUGGGCUGGCCCAGCUCCCUGAACCCCGUCAUGUGAAGAUGGGCCACCACUAGUGCUGAUUUGUGUUUGUUUGAUCACUCAAUUGUAAAUACUCUUCCACAUCAGGGAGCACAACUUCUGUGGACAUGGUUGUGGCUGUUCCCCUCAGCAGCUUGCCUACUGCCGGGGCUGACUGACUGGUUCGAGACAACCCUGGAUCUCCAUGUCUGAAUUACCUCCUGCCACACAUCCAAAACAUACAUGCUGCCUGGGAGCCUGGCUGAUUUUCCAAGGGGUUGUUUCCUUUUCCAAAAGGCACUAUUUAUAUUUAAUCUCUCUGAGGAACAAUGGUGUUGGAGGGACCACCUUGUAAAGGCUGAAUUAAAGGAGUAAAGGCCUGACACACUGCCCAUGUGAAGCCCAUUAGAUCUAGGUUUGGGCCUUAAGAGCCAAGUUUUACCAUCAGUCCCACUAGGAGACAGUCCUACUUCUGUUGAAGGACUGACUACAACUGAGGUGGGAAAAGGCUCUGUUGAAUCUGUAGGGGGUAUUUGGGUCACGUGGCAGAAACAUAGCAAGGGAAGGGUCUGGAGAAACAUAGAAAGGGAGGGAAAGCAUGGAACGAUGUAGGGUCUUUGCAGAGAGCAGAGGUAGAGAUACUAUAAUGGAGUUAAAUAAAUGUGCCCUAGGCUAAUGAUGAGAUCUCAGACUGAGGAACAGUCUCCCCAGAGGAGUCAGAACAGUCCUCUCGUGUGAGUAGUAGUUUAAAACCAGUGUUAGAAAGCGUCAGGGUCUUGAGGUCAUCCUCCACGUAGUUGCCAAUCUCAGAGGACUAAGCAGGAAUGCAGACUUUACUGCACAGAUAAUAAUCCACAGUCCCAUAAAAAUAUGAAAGAGCAACCAUUACCCUUGAAUGAUUAACUCACUAAGCAGAAUGCCAGAAACACUUAGCACAGACGUGGACAAAGAGCACUGCUGUGACCUGAGAACUGACAAAGAUCCUCUAGAAAGGGUAGGUUAAUAAACAUGAUCAUUCAAGAGCUCAGAUAACCUGUUCUUCCACAGCCACAGCUCCUUCCACUGGCUCUGAGCACAGGCAAAAAUAACUGUUUGGAGUGGGGGAUUUCGGAUUCUAGCAUGAAGCUUUCAAAGGAGCCAGCAGCCCCCAUCUCCCACUGAAUGUCCUAAUUCUGCCCUGGCUGCAAAAGCUACAACAUAGUGAUCAUUGCAAGGCUGUUUCUGAAAUGACAGUGGUAACAACCUGUUCUUUGAACGGAGCCAACAGCGCUACUGUAUGUACGCUAACAGAGUGCCUAUAAUGCUGGUAGGGGGCCUAGAGGCUCAGCAUGCAAAUAUGAGACUCCCCACAGCACACUGCCUCCACUGUUGGGCUGAAUGCAUGUGAAACCACAGCAAACGUACAGCACCAGCAGUAGGGGCAGAGUGCAGACCUGUCAGCCUCAGAGCCACAGGCGUUCACCCCUUGAGUUACUGGAGUGAUGCCGUUAGCAAGAAGCAGCAGGCUGCUGGGGCCAGUCACUAGUGGGAGACAUAAUCACAUGCAGGAGACUUGCAAAUCAAACCUUUUCAAGUUGUUAUGACAAAUUGUCUGUCGUGACAAUUUGAAGGAGAAUCACUGGGUUCUGUGGAGCUGUUGGUGCCAGCCCCACAUCAAUAACUGCAUGUAUAAAGGUUGAACUCUCCUUUCUCUCCGAGAUAGGGCUGAGUCUGUUAGCAUAGUGCCAUGGGGGUGACCUGGUGCUGCUGCCCUUGCUGUACCCAGCCUGUUCAUCAGUGCUGCACGCCUGUCUGCAGGGCUAUAUCUAGUCACAAGUAUUACAUAAUUCUCAUACUGGAUUCACACAAAAUAUCUCCUCCCAAAUGGAUGGUGAACAGUACCACGUUCCCUCCAGAAAGGCAAUAAGCUUCAUCUCUGGUAUCAGUCCAUCCAGUGGAUGAAUGGCAGCACUCUGUGAAGUGGACUAAGCUAAAGCCUGUAUCCCUGCUGAUGCCAUGUUUUGAGAUAGGGUCUUGCUGUGAAAUUAAACUCCAACCUCUCUUCCUGGCUGUGAAGGCCAGGGCUCUUUGUGCCCAGGCUUGUGGGUCCAGACCAUUUGUUUGCUCUGAAGGAUGCCUCACGAUGAGAGGAAAAGCACUGAGCCGUCUUUGCGCACCGUGUAUUUCUAGAACUGAAACGUUGUUCUUUGGUCUUCAUUGGGACUCCACUGACUUUCACACAGUUACUUCUGCCAGAAACUUCAUUGAAGUCACUCCUGAUUUGAUACCAGUACAAGCAGAAGGAGACUCACAUGCAUCCAUUACUUAGACUCGCCGGGCUUUUUUAUUCUGGACCAUAUUCCAUCUUUCAUGAGCACCACCGUGACGUCGGUGAGCUCGUUCUUUCCCAGUUUCUAAAUAAAGUUCUGUUGAAGUCACCAAGCAAGUAAAUAGUUAUUGUUUGAGCAUAAUCUGAACUUCCAGGGCUUAGUUUGAUUCUGCAAUGAGCUUUGACCUGACCCAUGUGGGUCCAACCAUUGGAUGCAGGUCCUUGAGACUAUUAGGCUGUUUUGCACAAGUGUCCUCAACAUUUACCAACCUAACCACAUAUGCUAGUAUCCUGUCCCUUUAACAGGAAUGGAGGGGUUGCCACUUAAGGGAAAGCCAUAAGGAAAUGUUAAGAAGUUGCCUUGAGGAUAUUUGCCAGAAAAAUAAGGCAGGUAUUGUGAUGCACUUCAUAAAAAUCAUCAUCAUCCUGGUUUUGUGCAGACAAAGUUACAAGAUGGGUCCAGCAAAAACCUGUGCCUUCUGGAGGUCUGUGAGUGCUUUGAUGCCAGCCAGCUACUUUUUCUUACAUGGUGGGCCUGAAAGCUUUUUGCAGGGAGAUGAGCAUACAAUUCAUUGCAUUUCUGUAGCCCUUCUGAUGAUAGUAUGUUGCUGGAUAAUAAACAGUGGGCUUGAUUUAAAGUCCAGGAAAACUACCAAGAUUCCCAUGGCCAUCAAUGAGACCAUAAAAGGGAUAGUGACAGCCCUGGUGGUCGAAAUAUUACAGCAGUGUGCUAGUGCCCGAGAACCAGAGACUGGAUAUACAUGGAAGCAGAAGCUGAGCUAGCCACUCUCUCUGUUCAUUGCCUCGGCUGACAGUAAUCCAAAACAUAACGGCAAAAGUGCUAUCAGCAUGAAAAAGCAAAUUCGAUCUUUACGAAGGAAGCAGACUUUUCAGUUUUGAUGCUCUGAAAUACCAUUAACACGGACAAAGAUUUGCUUUUUACAAUAUAUGAUUACUUUUUUCUCACACUGUCUCUCGGAUAGCUUAGAGAUGCAGAGGUUCACUUCAGACACCCCGGAGACGCAGCUACCUCUGGUGUGGAGUGCAGCAGUUAUUUUCACAGCACAGCCACACCACCCUCCCAUUUGAGCUGUAACUAUUACAAAGCUGAAACUGAAGCCAGCUGCAGACAAACUUCCAAAACCUGGACCUCAUCCAAAGCCCAGUAAAGUCAGUGGAAAGACUCUGAUUGAUGGGCCCCCAAGGGUCAUGAUUAUUUUCCCUAAUGUGAACAGAAGCUGUAUGCAUCUAGACAAGGAUUCACCAGCAAAUCAGAAAUUCACUUCCUCUUUACAUCUGCCAGGCUGGAGAGAAGCUGAACCUUCAAAGUUUCCCCAUAAUACGAGGCUGGUAGUGUCUAUCUUGAAAGGCAGGAAGCGGGAAAAAAAAAGAACAGCGUGGGCUAUUUGUGACCGAGGCUGGCGGCAUGACAGACAUGAGAGCAUAUGAGGUGUGCUGUGUUGCAACACAAUUGUGCAGGUGAUUUCUUCAAUUCUCUACUACAAUGGUUCAGCCAACUGCCAAAAUGCCUGAUGUAUCGCUGCUGUGACUGACAGAAAGACAGAGUCAGAGAUCAGAGUUUCCUGCGUACUCCCUGCAGAUUUUUUGAUGCAUGUGUGUAUGUGUGCACGCUGUUUUGUUUUACAUUCAAAGUAGUUCCCGACUCCCUGGAGAGAAGGAAGCCCAUUAAUGUAGCUGACAGAUCCCGUCUUGUGUCCCCCCUUCCCUCCUGCCAGCAGCUUUUCUGCAUAGUUCCAAAAAUAAUGGUUCUGCCCCUCACCAUAUGAGGCCUGUUCCUUCACUGGUGAAGAUCUGUACAGCUGGAACAGCUGCAUGACAGCCUUAUAAGGACAUCUGGAAGUCUUGCUGCUACCUAACCUUCUUCCCUGGGACUUAAACUGCACUAAGGUGUCAGCUUGUGCCUUUAAAAAGCUUCAGGUGUGCAGCUCACCUGCUGAGCUGCAGCCUUACAGAUCAAGCUGUAGAUGCUCCAGAGAUGCAUCUUCAUAAUACCCAGGUCUGAUUUUAUAAUCCUCCAGAGAUGUUGCAUGUUUAUCUGUUCCAAUGGGGCAGGUAUGAUAGAGGCUCUUGAGUAGGGGUGAAUCACUACAUUGCUUGCUUUGCCGUUGCUGUCUGCUCACCUCUGGCUCCUUGUUUGUAUCCAGUUUCAAUUCAGGGGUUAGCUAUGAGCCUUGAAGUCCUACGUGAGGUGAUGCCAUGAACUCUUUUGUCCUGCCAUAGUGGGAGAGGUCCCCUAGGUAGGUUUGGUCAUCUGCCCCUGGCUGCUGAGGUCUCUGUAUGUGCACAUUGUCCCUGGAAGCUCUUCCCUUUUACAACCCAUCAAAGUUUGAGUUUGCAGGUGUCUUGGAUAAUGUGUCAGUGCUUUGGUUUGAAGUUGGGUUUGAUAUGACAGGUGCAGCCCCCCUUUCCCAGCCUGGACGCAUUAUCUGGUGACUUCCCCAUCUCACUGCAGUUGUUUAAAGAUUUUUCCAUCUCUCUGUCCCUGUGAGGGUUGCUCUUUAACAAGCUCUUCUUCCAAACAUGGCUUUUGGGGCCUGGCUCUUUACAUUUGGUGGAGCUAUUCAGAUGCCUCCCUGCAGUGGCCAUUUUGCACCCUGCCAGCUGGGGGUAGCUUCUCUCUGCUAGACAGGUGGGAUGUUCCUCAGACACUCCUUGUACAGCACCAGGUGCAUAGUCCACACAUACUGCCCAAUAAUCUGCAUGAACCAGGCACUGCCCUGCCUGGCCUUCAAGGAAAGCUACAUUUAGCAGCCUGGCCAGAUUGAACUUGGGACUUACUUCCUGAUAUGAAUGACAGCUGCUUUUAUAUUAUAUAAAAAUAUAAUUCCUUCUGGUUGGUUAUCUGAGUAGCCUGCUCCCCGUUGAAAGAUGCUCAUACAGCAUUUAUUCCAAAUCCAGACUGAAAAACAGCUGUUUUAAAUUCAUGGGACAUCUAUGACUUUGGCCUGAUGGCAUAAGUGUCUUGCGUCUAGUGUCUACUGGGACAUUCAAGCCAGACUGGCUCUUUGGUUAGAUAUGUAUCUUGUAACAAUCCUAGCACAAUGCGAAUGAUUCAUCUUUAAUCCCAAAAAAACCUUGCCUGAGGAUCUCUUGUCAAAGCCUUCUGUACAUCUUUACCAGUCCAUCUAGAAAAAAUGUAUAUGGGCUCAUGUUGAUGGAGAUAGGUUGGAUUUCUACCAAAUGCCGUAACAUUUUCUUACAUUCAUCAUGUGACAAGCUGAUAACAUCAACUCCUCAGCUGCACCACGCUUUUCAAGGAAGCCUGUAAUGGAUGUGUUUGAAGUUGGAAAUUCAGCAUUUAGCGAGAAAUAAAUUACUUGCUGCUAUUAAUGGAUUCAGUUGCCAAUAUUAGGCUUGGAGUCAAGUAGAAGAAAGGCAAUGAUGAGCAUAUUGGAGACAAGAUGAUUGACUCUCACAGAGCAGAGUGCUCACCCUGUGCCGCACGGGGAAACGACAUGGCCUGAUACAGUACUCCCAAAGCAUACAGUGAGCCUGGGACCCAGGUGCGCCAUAUGCCUGUCGAGCUCCUGUGCCUGGUCCAGGCCUUCAAGCUGUGAAGUGUGAGCUGGUCCUGCAAUAUCCAGAGAGCAAGCAAAGGGACGUGCCAGAACAGCAUAGAAGCGGCCUCUCCAGGAGCUGUGUGCACAUUAAAUGUUGCAUUCAACCUAGGACGAGACAGCACCACCACCAAGCCCAGGCUCCGAUAGGGGCUCCUCUGCUUCACCCACUUGCCUGCGAGGAAAGGGAGGAAAGUCAGUGAGGCUCCAUCCCCCCCUUCUGAACACGAGGGGGCAUAGAGGAACAGCUCUGCCCUGCCUCUGCCCUGGCAGUCAGCAGCUGGGAAGAAGUAACACUAAACCUAGACCCGGACUAAGAGGGGCCUCUCUGCCAGAAUAAACUCUGUGCCACAUCAUGCCAUCACUUUAGUAUACUUGCAUCUGCAAGACAGAGAAGGACUGGGUGUGAAGAGGUCUGAGGUGGACCAGGCACUUGCUCGUCCUCCCUGUCCUCCUACUUCCUCUUGUGCGCCAUGAAAUUGGGGCCUGCCUCAGUGACGUACUUUGCGAUGCACCGAUGGAAGUCUCUGUGGCAAGGCUCAGCGUUAUGCUGAAUCACCUGUUGCAUCAGUGUGUGAUGCGCUGUGAGCCGGGAGCAUCAGGAUGUGAAGGCAGAAUACCAGGGCCACAAUUAUAUCAUGAUUCCCUGCAGCUCCAGCCAGUUCUCUGGUGGUAGCUCUCUGAUGACCCGUAAUGUCACCUCUUGGAAAUGAGAUGUUAAGAGCCAGGUGUUAGCAUGUUUUACUGCAGUGAGUUUCAGUACUUUAAACCAGGGAAAAAUCUGUGGCAUCUCUGGGCCAUUCCUUCUUCCGCAGCAGCGAGAGAACUAGCUGGUGUCUGGAGCAACUCAGCCCUUGUGUUGUUUCAAUGUUGUCUUUCCCUACCUUGUUAUAGUGCCCAUCCACUGAGAGGAUGGCAUUCAAACCCAGGUCUGAUGACUUUGACUAAUGCCUUGUAGUGGUGACCUGAAGGUGGCAAGGUACAUAGUUCAGAUGUGGAUGUGGAGGUCCCUAAAGCCUGUGAUGGGAGACAGGUUGUGUAACCUUCUACAAAGAUCCCUUCCACCGUCCUGACUAGUCUUGAAACAGCCAAAGUAAAUCUUGCUCUCAAAUUGUUUAAUCCUGGUUGUAUACUGAGACAAAGGCAUGCUGGGAUAGCACUGGAGUGAAGCACAAUCAGUGCCUUCUAUUAACGUACCCCACUGGCAGGUCUCAGUGCUUCGUCGGAAGGAGCUCUCAGCGUAAGGGCUGUCCCGUAAAGAUGUGUGUAUCUGAGCUGUGUUUAGUAUCAUCCAAGAGUCACCGCUGGCAUCUGACCAGACCCUGGGUAGAGCUCUUCAGUGUGAAGUGCACAUAACAGGAAAAAAAGGUCUGAAUAAAAGCAGUAGCUUGAAACAGAGCUAAAGUAAGCCUACCUGCUGUCAAAUCAGCCAUUAAUUUUAGCUCAUAUAUUUGAAACAUGGCUGGUCCAGUGUGCCAGUAUGUAGUGUCGCUGAAGCACCAAGAUACUAUCAUUUGUGCAUGGAUAUUGUGACUGUUAAUGGUGCCCCCAGCAUUUUGACCACUGUGCUUUUAGUUCUUCCAUAGAUGGGUGGAAAAUUGGCCUUCAGUUUAGCCAGGAUAAUUGUGUCUUCUGUCAGCCUGUCCUCUGCCUGCUGUCUUCUGAUCCUGCUUAGUUUCUUUUGAUCUACAAUUCCUUGGGAUGUCAUGUUGCCAGGGUCACCACCUUUGCUGUUUUCAUGGGAAAGACUCGAUACUGAGUGGGUCUAGGCAGACUUGAAGUGAAGAGGCCGUGAAAGUGUCAUGGGAUGUAUCCCCCACUAGUCCUAUUUCACCCAGCUGUGACAUCCCCAUACAGUUACAUGACCCCAUACAGUUACAUGACCACCAGUUACAACACAGAUGGUCAACAGCUGGAUUAGAACCCAAGACUGUCAUUUCUAUCAUUUGAGUGAAAGGAAAAUCUUCAUUGACUUGCUGGCAGUAGUAGGGCUCUUAUAUGUAGGGCCCAUCUUUGGGAGGUGGUGGUAUACGUUCAUGAUGACGCACAUGCACACCACACCCUAGAGCUCUGACCACAAGACGGUGGGUCCUUCACAGUUCUUCUGCUGACUUGCUCUGUGGCUUUGGGUGGGUCAUUUGACCUCUGUGUAACCCAAUUCCUCUCAUGUUUGCAAACUGAGGAUACUAGUACUUGAUGCCCUACCUCACAAAGGUGUUCAGAGGCUCCAUCUAUCAGUGUAUGAAGAUGAAAAGUGCUAUUACGAGUCUGUAGGUUGCAGCCACUGUAUGGCUGUGAUGAUGUGUUGCCAUACCAAUGGUCACAAUAUCAUAAUGAACCUGGGACAUCCUGUUGUAUAAAACCUAUCAAAGGCACUAAUCCUCAAUUGUGGAGGUAAAGAAAGAGCAUGUGUGCAGGGAGGGAUUUGGUGGGGGGGAAGGUGUUUUGCACAGUUGUGAGUUUCUUUUAUCAUAUCAUAUAAGAAACAAAUGUUUGUCUCUAUUGAGCAAUGAAUAAUUCUUGGCUGGAGAGCAGUGACUACAGAGAGAGUAACUAGGGACUGGAUCCUGCAUGUAACUCGUGGGAGUUCUGCCAGUCACUUCAGGAUCAAACCCUUAGAGCAAUAGCAAAGGCUCAACCCAGCUCCCAUUGAAGUUGACAGAUGCCCAUGGACUUCAAUGCGUUAGAUUGGAUCUGGCCCACAAAAAGUAGGAUAGGUUUUCUAACGGCUGUGAAGCAUGACCAACAGCCUUGAAAUUGUUGACCUGUAGCAUAUUUUCAGUGUGUUCUGAAUCGUCUGACUGUUCUUAAAUGGGGGUGCUGGGGGUUUUCUUGGUCUAUUUGUAGAAGCCAGGAAGGAUAAAAAAAAUCCAUGGCAAAAUGUACAGUAUAUGUCUUCUGUUUGAUGUCACUGUUUGAAAUGGUUAGUAAUUUUUCAAAUCACUGUGGACCGCUAAUCACUUAAAUUAUUAAUUUAUUUGGGGGGGUAAUCUUUUUUUUUUUAAGAAAAAGAAUAAUUUGAAACAGUUAUUUAUCCUGUAAAUUGGCCUUCAGUUUAACUGGGAUAAUACAGUUUUGCUGUUUAAUAAAGGUGGUACAUGCCUGAAGCAAAAAUAUUGUUUUUUAUGUAGUGUAUCAUAUAGCAGGCAAGCAACACAAUAAUAAAAAAGUAAUAAAAAGGCAACCACAAAUCCUGAGGUGUAAGCCGGUUUUGAUCCGAAGGUUUAAAAAAAAAAUGUGAGUUUUUGGCAAAAUGAGACCUUCUUCCAACAUGUGUGCUUCUAGGUUAGUCGUCACAGCACAAACAAGAGAGACUGUCCUUCUGAUCUCUAGCAUAAUUGGUAUCGUUCCAGUUCAGUUAAUUAAGCAAUGCCACUUUGCAUCAGCUCAGAAUCGGUCUGGGGUGCUGGAUACAUGCCUUGGUGUCAUUCACACUGGUUUGAUUUACGGGUGUAAAUUGUACUAGGAUCAGGAAUACACUGAUGAAUACACCUACUUAAAUCAUGCUUUUGUGAUUUGCACGGAAACGACAAAAAAUGGCAGUUUUUUUCACGAUUCACUGCAAAAAA